ACGGGCAGCGGUUCAACCGGUCGGGCUGCCCCGCGGCUCUCGCUCGGAGGGUCCCGGGCCUCGGGCUGCCCCGCCGGCCCCGCCUAGCUGCCUCCUCCCUUGCAGACGGUCGGGGAGCUGCUGCGGACGCUGCGCGAGAUGGGCUUCAGCGAGGGGCAGGUGCAAGCCGCCAUCCGCGCCGGCUGCCUGAGCGCCCCGCAGGCGGCCGACUGGCUGCUGCGCGAGGGCGCAGACCAGGCGCCCCCGCCGUCCACGCGCCGCCUCCUGCUCCGCCCCCGCGCCUCGGAGCCUCGUGCCUCGGACGCCUUCCACGCCCCCCGGCGGCCCCCGGAGGACGGGCCGGGCGCGGGUGAGCCGGCGGGAGGCGGCCUCCCGCAGCCCCGGCUCUUCCCCGCGGGCGCCGGGGGGGCCUCGGCGGAGCCGGCCGCGCGGGACCGCCUCGGGAGAGCGGAGAACCGGGCCUUCGCCGAUCGGCGGCGGGAGCAGCUGGUCCAGCAGCUGAAAGCCGACAGGAGGACCCAGCAGAGGGAGCGCGAACUGGCCUUGCAGAGGAUCGCGGACGACCGCCGGCAGAACAGGGCGACGGCCCGGCCCCCCGCGCCGCGAGGCGGGACGCAGCCUCCCGGCGACGCGCAGUGCCUGCUCGUGAUCCGCCUCCCCGCUGGGGAGCCUCUGCGCAGGUGCCUCCCGGCGGACUCCUCGCUGGAGAGCGUCCACCGGCUCCUCCUGUCGCUGCGCCCCGAGCUCUCGCCCGCCUGCUUUUUCCUGCAGGGCUUCCCCAAGCGGCGCUUCGGGCCCGCCGACCUGCCACUCACGCUGCUGGCGCUGGGCCUGGCCCCCGGGGCCACCCUCUGUGUUGUGGACCCAGCCUCGGGGGCCGCCCCGCCCGCCCCCUCGGAGCCGCCCCCGGCGGAGGGAAGCGCUUGCCCGCGGAGUGCGGAGCGACCGGCAGAACCAGGUUCCCCCGCCCGGCAGGGGGGUCUGGCGGGGCCGCCCCUGUCCCGCCGCCGCUGGGGCAAGGGGCAGAAGCUGGACUCUGAGGAACCUAUGGAGCAGGACCACCCGGCAGCCGCCAGGGGACAGGAGGCUCUGGUGGAACCGUGGGCUCCGCCAGGUGUCCCGCCCACUGCCCAGGAACCUGCUGGAAGGAGCGCAGGGCCCCCGCACCAGUGGCCACGAGGGGGCAACCUGCUGCGGGAAACGGAGGGGAGCGGCCCAGGACCCCUGGAACUGCCCCUUGCGGUAGCCCAGGCAGCUGAGCAGCGCCUCCAGCAAGCAGCCGCCCAUGGCCAGGGGGAGAGGAGCCGGCCUGGCUCAGCAUCCCCUGCAGCCCACAUGCCCCCUUCAGUGCCCUCACUGUUCCAGCUGUCUUUGCAGGGCACCACUGCCCUCCUUUCAGCUCCCAGCAAGCAGUACUGCAGCAGCCUGGCCAUGCUGACCCCCGGGCUGGCAGAGCUCCUCCUGGAGUACAUGGUGCAGCAGGCCCUGCUCCACCCACGCAACCUGCGGCUUUUCUUCGGCUGCCGCCUGCAGAAGCUCUGCCUGGACUGCUACCCGUACACCACAAACCAGCUCCUGUGCCAGCUGCAGGCCUUCCCCAGCCUUCGCCAGCUCAGCUUGUUCUCCUGCUCCCUCAUCACAGACCACGGCCUCUCCGUAGUGCAGCGUCUCCCCCACCUGCAGCGCCUCAACCUCUCGGCCUGCGUUAAGCUAACCAACAACUGCCUGCAGUUCCUGAAAGGGCUGUCGGAGCUGUCUCACCUGGCGCUGGAUCAGACCCGCGUAUCGGACCGUGGCUUGGCAGAGCUCCUUCUGGCGGCACCCCCUGCCCUCUCCCACUUGAGCCUCAGCCAGACCAGCGUCACGGAGGACACACUCCGUCUCCUGCCCCAGUGCGUCCCCCAGCUGAGGGAGCUCAGCCUUAAGCAAACGGGCAUCACUGAUGUGUCGUCCCUACGGCGCUUGGAGGCUCUGCAGAGGCUCUAUCUGGAUGGCACCCGCGUGAGUGAAGCCUCCCUUGGGGCCCUCUCCUCGCACCCAGCCCUCCACUGCUUGACGCUCUCUGGAGUCCAUUCAGUCGACGGCAACAGGGCUCUGGAACUGGUUGCAGCUCUUCCCCUGACGCGGCUGGGGCUGCCGAACCGGCACACGGUCACCGACGUCGGUCUGGCUGCUGUCUGUCGCCUGGCUGGCCUCCUUGAGCUGGACCUGACCGACUACAUGCACAUCACGGACGAGGGGCUGUGGCCUCUCCCUCGCCUGGGCAGGUUGCGGCGCCUGUCACUUGCUAACACGCUGGUCACGGAUUGUGGGCUUCAGCACCUCCGGGCCCUGCAGCUGCUGGAGGAGCUGUGCUUGGACCGCCUGUCUGUCUCCAGCGCCGGGGUGGCCCACUGUGUCGUCAGCCUCCCGCAUCUGCAGGUGCUGAGUUUGGCGAGCACAGCGGUGGGGGACUCCGUGGCCAGGCUGGGGCUUGCUCGGUGCCGGCAGCUGCUCAAGCUGAACCUGAGCCACACCCUCCUGACAGACAGAGGGCUCCGCUUCCUUGGCCAAGUGUCCCUGGUUCAGCUCAACCUGGACGGCUCGGGGGUGACAGCUGCUGGCGUGGCUGACCUCCUGGCCGCCUGCCCCACCCUCGCCAGCGUCCGGAGCAGCCGCCUGCGGGUCUUGUCCCUGGCAGAGGCAUUGGAGGAAGAAGAGUCUGGACACUAGGCUGCCCCUCGCUCUGCAGGGCCCUGUCCUGGGACUACCAGGGCAGGUGCUUUGCAGCGUGGUCCCCUUCAGGGACAGACCUGGCAGGGCUGGUUUUCAUGGUCCAGGGUUGCCACAGUGGACGGCUCGGGGAUGACGCCUCCCCUGCAGGAUGGGAGGGGUGAGGCCUCGGCUUCUGUUUCUGGCCUCGCUCUGCACUCGUUUGCCCUGGUGCUCUGAGGGGGCGCAGGCUUUCCUCCCGAGUAGCAGGUGGGAAGAGCCACCUCGCUGCCCUAGACCCACUGAGCUUCGGAGGCUCAGCAUCAAGGAGGGAAGGGCUGGCUGCACUUUUGCUGGGGGGCAUGUAGGGGUAGGAAGAAGGCUCCUG